AUAUGGUUGGCCCUUGCCCACCAGCACCCCUCUGCUGAGUGGGUGUGCCAACCUCACCUGCCCUUCCCUCCCUGCUCCCCUGCAGACUCCAGCUCAAGCCUCUCCCUUCAGGAAAGGUGGACUGUGGUCAAGGGCCUGCUGCGCUACAUCGUCCCCUUGGUCCUGGUUUACUUUGCGGAGUAUUUCAUCAAUCAGGGGCUUUUUGAGCUCCUGUUCUUCCGGAACACGUCCCUGAGUCACGCUCAGCAGUAUCGCUGGUACCAGAUGCUCUACCAGGCUGGCGUCUUUGUUUCCCGCUCUUCUCUCCACUGCUGUCGCAUCCGUUUCACGUGGGUCCUGGCCCUGCUGCAGUGCCUCAACCUGGCCUUCCUGCUGGUGGACGUGUGGUUGAGCUUCCUUCCCAGCAUCUACCUCGUCUUCCUGAUCAUUCUGUAUGAGGGGCUCCUCGGAGGUGCUGCCUACGUGAACACCUUCCACAACAUCGCCCUGAAGACAAGUGAUGAGCACCGGGAAUUUGCCAUGGCAGCUGCCUGUAUCUCCGACACUCUGGGAAUCUCCCUGUCAGGGCUCCUGGCCCUGCCUCUACACGACUUCCUUUGUCACCUGUCUUGACGUUCUGGCUUCUUGGGACAUGGGACACACUAAUCCGGGCCUGCAACGACAGGCGGGCAAGCCCGAGCAAGCUCUGGCCCAGGCUUCCCUGAGCGGCGGGGUGCAGAGAAGUGCUGAGGUCCCGUUCCCCUUCGAGCGAGCCAGCAGUUUUCGCCCACUCCCAGGCUGGCCUUGGGGAGUUUCUUCAUGGUGUUACGUCCUCAGAAUAAAUGCCUAUUUUAUCAAUUUUA